AAUUCAACAACUGUUGCCUGAUCUGAGCUCUCACUGUGUGAAUGCAAGUCAGCCGGCGAACCAGUGAGGGAGAGAGGGAAAGAGUGUGAGAGAGUAAGGUCCAGAGUCUGUGCUUGUGUGUAUUUGUGAGUGUGUGUGUGUAACGGAGAGAGAGAGAGAGAGAGAGAGAGAGAGAGGCAGGCUCUUACAGAAGCCAGGCAGCCGGUGCUGUGUUUUAAAGUGAACGAUACAUCCUGCUCCGCUCCUCUGCCUCUCUUUGGAUUAUACCACUAACAGGGACUCACACUUUGGACUAUCCCGGCGCUUCCUCCUCCUCCUACCCUCGCCUUUGAAGGGAACACCUGUGUUGUGUGUGUGUUUUGUGUGUGUGUGUGUGUGUGUGUUUCUGUGUGCAAGCAAAGGCAGCGGACUUAGCCCUGGUGAACAGGGCGAGUGGAUGACUUCAGUGGUUGAGGGUUUGGCAUUCGGAUCGAGGGGGACUGCUGACCAUGGACUCCCCUCCUCACUAGUAAACGGGGGUGCUGAGGAGGAGCGGCCGUGUCCGGUCAUCAUGUGCACACGGGCCUAUCCUGACCCUGUCCCUGAGUGCCAGCUGUUCCCGGGAGAGGUGGACGAGCCAGAGGAGGAGGUGGUAGACGAGGGAAGGGAGAGGGAGUCAGACAGAGACAGUGCCGUGGAAAGCACCCAAGGGUCAGACACAUCAGACGGGCCGAUCAGACCGGGAGACAAGGAAGACGUACUGGGGGAUCUGUUUUACCCUGGGGAGAAAAUUGGUCACACAAGCAUCUCUGUGACAUCCGACCUAUCGACACGUUCUUCAGCUUCUCUGAACGAGGAGCAGUUUGAGGACUACGGAGAAGGAGAGGAACCGGACUACACUCCCAGCAGCCCCUGUCCGGACGACGAGACCCGUACAAACGGAUACUCCGAUCUCGGCUCAUCUGUUCCCUCUAGUGCUGGCCAGACUCCCCGUAAGGUGCGUCAGCAUUACACCGGUGAACUGAUGGACGUCUACUGCUCUCAGUGCAGUAAGAAGGUCAACCUGCUCAAUGACCUGGAGGCUCGCCUUAAAAACCUCAAGACUAACAGCCCCAACAGGAAAAUCUCCAGCACAGCAUUUGGAAGGCAGCUGCUUCAUAACAGCAACUUGAGCAGCAGCAAUGGCAGCACAGAAGACCUGUUUAGAGACAGCAUCGACUCCUGUGACAUCGACAUCAAUGAGAAGGUGAGCUCUCUGGAGAAGAAGGUGGCAGAACUGGAGAGUGAGAUUCUGAUGAACGGUGAUCUCAAGUCGAAGCUGAAGCAGGAGAACACACAACUAGUUCACAGGGUUAAUGAGUUGGAGGAGCAGCUGAAGGACCAGGAGACACGAGCAGAACAAACUCUGCAGGCUGAGCUGAGACGACACCGAGAGGCCUACAGCAAGAUGGAGAGAAACAAAAACACACAGCUGGAACUGCUGACAAACCGAGUAAAGCUGCUGGAGGACGAGAACAGCGAUUUUUCUCUGAACAUGUGUCGACUCAAAUCCCAGACAGAGAAACUGGAUGAGGAGAAGCAAAGGAUGACAGAUAAGCUGGAGGACACCAGUUUGCGCCUGAAGGAUGAGAUGGACCUCUACAGGAAAAUGAUGGACAAGCUGAGACAGAACAGACACCAGUUUCAGAAAGAAAAAGAAGACAUGCAGGAGCUGAUAGAGGACUUGCGUCGUGAGCUGGAGCAUUUGCAACUCUUCAAGCUGGAGACAGAAAGGCCUGGACGCAGCCGCAGCUCUUCCUCCAGUCUGGCAGACUUCAACUGCAGGACCAGGGAGGUGGAGCUGGAGCACGAGGUCAAGAGGCUCAAGCAGCGAUUUGUGUCCCAGGACUUUCUCCCCCCUGAAUUCCAGCACCUGCUGUUGUCUGGGGCCUGGCUCCGUCCUGGUCUGAUGGAGAACCAGAAGCUGAGGGAGCAGAACGAUGAGCUCAACGGUCAGAUCCUCAGCCUCAGUCUGUAUGAAGCAAAGACACUGUUUGCCACACAGACCAAGGCCCAGUCUUUAGCAGCAGAGAUAGAAAACGCCUCCAGAGACCAGUUAAUGGAGGCCCUGAAGGAGCAGGAGGAAAUCAACUUACGCCUGCGACAGUACAUGGACAAAAUCAUCUUGUCCAUCCUGGACCACAACCCGUCCAUCCUGGAGAUCAAGAACUAACAGCGACUCAACUGGAAUGAGAAUCCCUCCAAGUCUCAGGAGAAAGAGGACCAUUCCAGUUGUAUGAACACAACCUUAAUCAGGGUGCUGUACAGGAAGGCAAUGAGGCUUAGAAACUGGAAAAUAUAAAUAGACACACAUCGCCCCCUGCUGUUUGAGGCGGGAAAGGAAAACACUUCUUGGCAGAAAAGGUAGACUGGGAUUCUACUGAACUUAAUCUCAACCAGGAACUGUUUCUCUACUGCUGUGUAUGCUGUGAACUGUAGCUACUGCCUACUGCCACACCUUUCCCAUCUCAGUUGACAAUUCUGGUGACUAUUUUCCCAGGAAUAUCCUGGGAACAACAUGCGUUGAGGAUCGACAAAGUUACUCGAUGUAGUACACUGGACAUAUGUACCUUGGCAUAACAAACUGGAACAAUGUAACAAAUCCAAUGUGGGUUCUACUGUAUCCUGGUGUAAUAUUAGCUGUAUCAUCCACAGAGAAUCAGCUCUGAUCGAGGGGGAAACGUUUGAGGAAAAUCAACAGAGAUGUGGCAAGCAGACUGUAAACCUGACUCUCAGAGACAUGAAGGUGAAGCAGUGGAGUAUUGCCCGCUCUGUUAACUCCCCAUGUUUUCUCCUCUGUCAUGCAAGUGUUCUCUAAAGUAUGUGUGAUGAACUUUGACUAGCGCGUUUUAAAGAGGAGUGCGAGAAAGUGCAAGGAGAAAGAAACAAUGAGAGCCUCUGUAACAGGAAGGGAAGCAGAUGAGUCAUGAAUCUGAGGAAUGAAAACUUUCUCAAAAAGAUGAGGUGGGAAUUUGAUAAUGGACCAUGUGUGCUAGCAAAGCAGGGUUUAAGUAAAGUCUAUGAUGGCCAAUUGAAGGUGAAGAGUUUGUUUGUUGUCUAUUCUGUAGACCAUGUCUUCCAGUAAACAUGCAACCAGUCAAUCAGUCCAAUAUUGAUUUUUUUAAACUGAGAAGUGGCCCUUAUUUGGUUCAGGCGAGAAGUCGAGUGUCACUUUAUGGUACAGAAGCUGCAGCCAAGGAGUGUCUUUAACUGUAACUUCCAUAGCGGCUAUUUGCUAGCAAUGCCUUAGUUUAAAAAGCUACAUUGUUGCUAGAAAAAGGCCCGAUGAUGUUGCACAGAAAUGUAAGGAUAUGAAUGUACAGGAUGACUGAUGGAUUUACAGAACGCCAGUGUAACAUGGUUUACUCAAUAAUCAUCUCUCUGUGCUCAGUGAAAUCAUCUCAGUAAUGUGUGUGUGUGAGCUUACACAGGAGACUCACUUUUUGUCAAAACAAACUGGAUUAGCAAUCUCAUUGGAGCCUACAGAUUGUGUUUGAAGCCCGGAUGACUCUGUGAAACUUAUACUGUAAAUAUCAUGAAUGUACAUCUGGAUAUUUCUGUUCUCUGUGUGGCCAAAAAAGGCUUUGACCUAAAAAUGAAAGUAAAUGGAUGUGAUUAAUUGUAAUACACACGUACAGUACUCAGUACUGUAAUGAAGAGGGAAAGCUAUAACAAUCUGCUGUAUUAAGUCAUUAUUCUAAACUUGAGUUUUGCUUCCUUGCACACAAAAAAGACGUUUUUUUGUUUCAUUCGCAUGGUUCACCUUUUUUCUGUCUGUGCCUUUUGGGGACAUUUUUUUCCAGACAAUGUUGCUAAUGAUUGACAUAGUUUUUUGAAGCUACACUCUAUGUCGACGUCUGACAUAUUUUCUUGACUUGUAAAUGUUGUAAUUAUAUAGUGAUAAUUUGUAUUCAUGUGCCACUCACCAGUCUUUUUCAGAUUGAUACUAUGAAAACGAUUUUAUACAGUUUUAUCAGGAACUUGUGAUUGCUUAGGUGUCCUAUAAGAAUAGCAGUAUAGCACAAUGCUUUGUACGGUACACAGGCCAGGUUAGCAUUUUGGAAAUAUUUUGAAGAUUUUUUUAAUGCAGUGGGGAAUGUUUUAUUGCAUUUCUCCGUUUUCAUUAGUCAUGGCGAGUCCAUUUCUUUUCAAUUUGCUUCGAACUUGGUUUUUAUAUGGUCGUAAACUGUCUUCCUAACUUAAGCUAAAUGGUGAGCAUAACGAGCAAUAUUAACUUAUUUAACAAUUCCUGCUGAUUUGUGUCUUGUUUUGCUUCACAAAUCUUUCACUCUAGCUGGAUGGAAAGAAAUAAACGGUACAUUAAGCUGUAAAGUUUGUCACAAACUCAUUUCUUGUAGCUCUUCAAAUUUAAUUUAUUAGGGCUAUUCGAUGCGAUGUAGUCACUUUAAAUAGCAAUAAAAUGGCUUUGGCAGUGA